UCAAGCCCGAAACUGAGGCAUGUGCCCUUGACCGGAAUCGAACCCGGGACCCUUCAGUCUGCAGGCCCACGCGCUAUCCACUGAGCCAAACCACCUAGGGCAGGAGUAGCUGUCUCCAAAUGCCUUUUAACCACUGCUCUAAAGGACUUACAUUCUAAUAUUUUUCAACAGCACAAAUAGUCACACUUCUAAAACCACAAUCAAACCUGAGUUGGGUCGACGCUCUACCACCUAAUGCCUAGGCAUAGGUUCCCACCCCUGGCUGCACCUCUGGGUGCCCAAAUGUACCAGCACCGAAGGUGUGAGAGCCCUGCACUGUCUUCAAAGAGUUCCUCCGUUGAUUUAAGGACGUGACGCUACUUUUCUUCAUUUGUCUUUUUUUUUUUAAAUCUCCCAAUGCCCACUUCACAGAGCUGUACGGCUACACAAGUUCAGGAAGUGUUGGUUGUACCGCCAAUGGAUUCGGCCUAGUACUGUCUAGGCACGUAAGCAGGAGACCAAUGGAUCCUACUAUUACGUUUUUUGGCCUACAUCAUCCUAGCACCAUCGUUCUCAUGGGGGAGGGGAGACUAGUGGUCAGCUGGCAACGUCGGGGACAUUUUGGGCUCGCACGCUACUAACCAUCCUGCAAUGAACACGGCGGCCUCACCUCAGAAAAAUUCGGCGCCAGAGCGAGACUGUCUGAUGAGAGGCCCUGUGUCUCCGAGGAGAAGCCAGUCGAAAGGGCCCUCGCUUUCUAACUCCAGGGUCCGGGGGGCAUCCAGCCCCUCGCUCACUCCCCUGACUGGCGUUUAUGGCUCCACCGUACCGCGCCACGCCGCCUCAGGCGCCAGCAGCGGGCCUGGCCUCGGUGCAGCUUCCCCCGCGGCGGAGGGCGGGCGGCCGCGCAGAGCCUGCUGGGAGCACGCGCUCACAGUGGAUUGCCAGCGUCGCCUCCCGCGCUCAGUUUGUUGCGCGAGACGGGCCCUGCGUCACUUCCGCUAUGAGCCCCCGCGGGCCCGCCCACCACCCCUCCCUUUCGUGCGUCGUAACCCGGGGCAACUGUCGCCCGCCGCCGGCGAAGACUAAGCUGCCGGGGGCUUUCCACCGCACUGGCCCCACAUGUGAGGGUGUGAGUGGCGGCGGCCGCUUCCCCGCCCCCAGUGCAAGGCCCCAUCCCACUUCACACGCAGCAGAGCGAGAGCCCUGCCCAGUAAGAGAAGAAGCUGCCCUCUGAGACGGGGAUGCAGAAGAGAGAGGAAAAGACCACCAAUAUUGUUUUAGUUGUGGAGCAUCUUGAUCCAGCUUGCUUGAAGAUACCAGGGUUCUGGAGGAGCGAUCCGAUCUCAUUCAUUUCCUCUGAUGUCAUACUGGAAAGAUUAGGAUGUCCAAAGAUAUUUGACCUUUCAUCGAAAAUGAAAAAAAUGUGGGUUUCUGACAGGGAUCAUGUUGGGGUGAGAGAAAGCAAGGAAGAAGAUGUUAAAAACUUUAAGCAACCAUCAGAGUAAUCACAGUAAUGGAUCUCUGUCAGAAAAAUGAGACAGAGUUAGAAAAUGGUGAAAAUAAUCAAAUUCCAAGCACAGAAGAAUCUGAAUUAAACUGUACUUAUUCAGAUGAAAGAAAGGAAAAGAACCAUGUUUGUUGUCUCCUCAAUAUCAGUGACAUUACGCUUGAACAAGAUGAAAAAGCCAACAAGUUUGUUAUCGGAACUGGAUGGGAAGAAGCAGUUCGAGGUUGGGGAAAGACUUCUCCAACUGCUUGCAUUUGGCCCAGAAAGAAACGUAAGAAGGCGAAGGUGGGAGAAAGUGUCAGCGGCUGCUUACUCUGUGUCAGUCUCUCCCAAGGGACUCCCGAGGCUGGGCCUCAGACUGAGGCUGGAAGCUUGGAGUCAAGGGCUCUGGCUGAGGCAGGCUCAGAGGAGGAUCGAGGGGGCCCCUCCCAGACUCAGCUCCCCACUGGCUGCCCCGCCACUGCCUCCAGGAAUAUUAGCAAGAUGUGCUCUCCCUCUCAUACUCAGGGAGAGAAAAAAAGUCUGCAAAUAAAGGAGUUUUUUUGGUGCAUGGAAGAGUGGGCCAUCCCAGAGACUGGUAGGGACCAAGACUCCAACAGCAGGACUGAUCAAGGUCCCUCCAUCUCAAACUCAUUGAAUUCCAAGGCCCUUUUAGUUCUCCCUCCCCUGAAUUCUUCAGCCCCACAUGGCGUGGAUGUUCAGGUUAAGAAGAGUAAGAACUCGCUCGUGCAGCCAGAAGAGAAGGUGCUGAGUGUGAAAAAGGAUGAGUGUGUGGCUUGUGCAUAUGGACUGAAAAUAGUUGAAGGGAAAGAUGGAAAGAGACCCUUUGAGCUGGCCAGUCACCUUAAGGUCAGCUGCGUGCAGCCUUUUCCUUCGCCAAUGGUUGGGACAAACCUCCUGGCCAAUCCAGAACUGGGCAGCCUGCACUGGUCCCUCCUGCCUAAGAAAAACCUGAUGUGCCCUCCCAAUCCCAAUAGUGUUCACUGUCUCAGGACUAUGCAGCUUUUGCAAAAACAGAAAGAGCAAAGCUACAAAGCCAAAUUCAAAGCCAGGGAGCUGAGACCUCCCAUGAACACCCAAAAGUGCAUUCUCAAGGAGGCCAAGCAGGAAAACAGGCCCCAUCCAUUGGAGACCAAUGUGUUCCCAAGACCUCUCUUGCCAUCCCUCACAGUGAGCAGAGUUGUUAUUCCCACCUCCACUCACAGAUUCCUCUGAAUUGCCACAAUAUAAUUUCCUGGGAAUAAGCACCUUUGGAAACUCAUUCAUUCUCUUUCUCCCCUACCCCCACCCCAUUCUCUUCUAGUUUCUUCCGUUCCCUUCCCUCCCUUCCCCUUUUCCAUCCUUUUCUCUCCCUCCUUGCCUUCUUCUCUGUCCAUUUUUUUUUAAAAACAGAGGAAAUAAACUCAUUGUAUGGAUUUUGAUUUAUUCUCAGAACACCCAUAUUUAUGUGUUACCUGCUUCAGUUGCUUAGUCAUUUAUAAAAUGCAAACUAGUAAUGCCAGUCUCAGCCUCUGCUUGCUUUAUUUCUCUCCCGCUGGAAGCCAAGUGGAUGGUGGGGAAUCUGAAGAGGGUCUCUCAUGGUGAUGCCCCCAAAUCACCCUUGAACCCACUGGAAAGGGCUCUUCUCACCCCAGUGCCUGAAGCUAAGUGUACUGGCCUUUUUUUGGACCAAAUUAUUACUUGUCUUUUUAAUUUAAAGAUUUUUUUUUAAGAUAUUAAAGUUGGUUUUUGUAGGGAGAGAGAGAGCGAAAGAUUGA